AUGGCUUCCAUCCACCUAUCUUCCAGCGCUCUCAAUCUCAUCUCCAUAUUUCUUUAUAUCUUUUUUGUACGCUUUGCUUAUCUUGUCAUUCAUAAACUCUUAUUAACGACACUUUGUAAGAAACAUCAAGAAGAAGAAUUAAAUCAACAAAUCCAAGUUUUACGCCAAGAAAUGCGAAAUAUUAGUAUGGUGGACAACUUUGCUCCUUACUCAAAGUUAAAUAGAAAAGUGGCUAAAUUGUCAUCCGAUUACGAAAAUCUAAGUACUAAAAGAAAGAAGAUGGAAUUUAAAAUUAAUGCGGCAUGUUUCCUUGUUUAUGCUGUUAUCACUAUUGGCGUUCAUGCUCGCCUAACAUUUAUUUGGUACAAGCAUCCCUUGUUGCUUAUGCCUGGCGAUUGGAUGGUGCCUAUAAAUAUAUUAAUAUCUGUUCCAACUGGUAAAGCAGGAGCUAUUGGAAUUUGUUCAUGGUUAGCAAUCUGUCAAUCAGUUGUCUAUCAUUUUCCAUUCAAAUUAAUUUUGUAA